GAUGGAGAAUGAAGAAUUGGUAAAUAAACUGAAAGAAUGUACAAGGCGCUAUGAGGAUCAAUGUGAUGCAGAAACUAGGCUUGAGUGCAAUCAAUAUCUGACCUUUCAUUCGCGUUAUGAAAAAAAUUUCUCUCCAUAUAAUUUUGGAUUAAAAUUCAAUAGUUUUGCAAAGUUAAUAGAUAAUGAAAGGCAGAGAGGAGGAUUUGAAAAUUUUAGGGAAGAAACGGGCGAAGUUUUAGUAUCGGAGAACAGAAGUUUCGAUUCUUGGAAAAGUUCUUUAUCUUUCGAUAAAGUGAAAGAUUUAGAUUUUGUUCAAAACUUUUUAAUGUGUUGUAAGAAAUCUUCAAAGUUAUUUGACGCCUUUGAGGAAGUUGACCAGCCCAUUAGAUUGGGUGGAUGUGGAUCACAGUCUCUAGAUGGCUCAAAUGAAGAAAAGAAUGAAUUUGAAAGGAGAAAGAUACCUCCCAAGAGUACACUAUUUUAUUCUAAUUCUCAGGCAAGACAUGACCCUCCUACGAGAUCGAUAUCUAUUGAAAAAGAAGAGAAAAACAGAUAUACUCAUGAGGAGCAUCCACCACCUCGUCAUGUCGAUAAAAGUAGUUUACCCGGAUUUAAAACGGCUAAAGAACAAUUACUUGAAGAUAUGAAAACUAAAGGAAAAUCAGCGUCGUCUUUCAAUCAGAAUGGACCGUCUAAAAAAUCACUCGGGGGUAAAAGAACUAUUCACUCCAGUUUUGUUCCCCCUCGAAUUGGUGGUGGGAAUGAUAAUCAGCCCCAGUCAAAUUCAAAUUCUUCAAACUCUUCGAAUACAUCCGAUGCCUUUAAAGAAUUAUGUGCUGAUGAGAGGUUGAAAAACUUUGAGCCUAAAAUUGUUGAAUUAAUCAUGAGCGAAAUUGUUGACAAAUCGGCUCCAAUAAGAUGGGAAGAUAUUGCCGGGUUGGAAUUCGCUAAAAAGACUAUUAUGGAGGUAAUUGUAUAUCCAAUGCUGAGACCCGAUUUAUUUUCUGGUCCAUUGAGACAACCUCCGAAGGGUGUUCUUUUAUUUGGUCCUCCAGGGACGGGGAAGACUUUAAUUGGAAAGUGCAUUGCGUCACAGUCCAACUCAACUUUUUUCAGUAUAUCGGCGUCAAGCUUGACGUCUAAAUGGGUAGGAGAGGGUGAAAAAUUAGUGAGAUGUCUAUUCGCACUUGCUAAAGUUCAUCAGCCCUCGGUAGUCUUUAUUGACGAAAUUGAUUCUCUACUGUCUCAAAGAUCUGAUAGUGAGCACGAAUCGUCUCGGAGAAUUAAAACUGAAUUUCUAGUGCAAUUAGAUGGAGCUACAACGGAAGAUGACGAAAGAAUAUUAUGUAUAGGAGCAACGAAUCGCCCGCAAGAGAUAGACGAAGCUGCUAGAAGAAGAUUCGUAAAAAGACUAUACGUUCCACUACCUGAUUAUCCGGCUAGAAUUCAAAUAUCUAGAAAGCUGUUCUCUAAUCAAUCACAUAAUCUAUCCGAAGAAGAUUUCGAAAAUAUUGGUGGGAAAUCUGAUGGAUUUUCAGGAGCAGACAUGACUAACUUAUGCAGAGAAGCGGCUAUGGGUCCUAUAAGAGCUAUAAGAGAUAUCAGUAAAGUAAAAUCUGACGAGAUAAGAGCAAUUUCAAUGAUGGAUUUCGAUGCUGCUUUUAAAACUGUAAAAGCUACAGUAUCGAAUGACGAUCUGGUUGGAUAUGUUAAAUGGGAUAAGCAGUUUGGAGCCGGUUGUUGA